AUGCAUGUUCUUUCGACCCUCCUGCCUUUGGGCUUUAUGGCUCAGCUCACUUCGGCGGCCUAUUCCCUGAAAGAUGACUACGGUACUUCAGACUCGUUCUUCGACAACUUCAACUUCUUCACUGACCACGAUCCGACCAAUGGGUACGUAAACUACGUGGACCGCGACACCGCCACCAAAAACGGCCUCAUCAACACCCACGGAAACGGCGUCUACAUCGGCGUCGACAACACCACCGUCUCCAGCGAUCCUGGUCGCGCAAGUGUCCGACUAGAGAGCACAAAAACCUACAAGUACGGUCUCAUCAUUCUGGACCUAUCCCACAUGCCCGCUAGCACCUGCGGCAGCUGGCCCGCCUUCUGGAUGCUCGGCAACAACUGGCCCUCCAACGGCGAAAUCGACAUAAUCGAAGGCCUAAACGACCAAACCUCAAACCAAAUGGCCCUACACACCUCCGACGGCUGCUCAAUCGACACAACCGGUUUCACCGGCCACCUCGACACAAGCAACUGCUACGUCGAUGCAGACGGCCAACCCGCCAACAGCGGCUGCGCAAUCCGAAGCGACCACACCGAAUCCUACGGCACAGGCUUCAACGACAACGGCGGCGGCGUCUACGCAACAGAAUGGACCAGCGACGCUAUCAAUGUCUGGUUCUGGCCUUCUGAUAGUGUGCCUCGCGAUAUUGGCUCCGACUCACCCAGUCCGGUGGAUUGGGGAAAUCCUACUGCAAAGUUUGCCGGGGAUUGCGAUAUCGAUUCGCAUUUUGAUGAAAUGCGCAUUGUCUUUGAUAUCACUUUCUGUGGUGAUUGGGCUGGUGAGGUUUGGGGAUCUUCGUCUUGUGCCGAGAAGUCUGGGUCUUGCAAUGAUUAUGUCCAGAAUAAUCCUUCGGCGUUUACCGAGUCGUAUUGGCAGGUGCGUUCGUUGAAGGUUUAUGAUCGUCCGGAGAAUGAUGAUAACCAUGACGAUGAUCAUGACGAUGACCAUGAGAAGGGCCAUGGGCGUGGGUAUGGACAUGGACACGGUGGUGGCCCUGAGAAGCGGGCGGCUGCGCUGAAUCGUCGCCAGCAGCACCGUCAUGCUCGUGGUCAUGGCGGACAUUUCUAG